AUGAUAAGCGCGCAGGGGUACGCGUUCAUCCGUGAGCACGGCCUUCGCAGUAACAACAGGAACCAGCUCAUGGAGUGGGCCGACGCGGAGGUGAAUAGAGAGGGGUCGAACAUUUUCGGUUGGCCAGCCGCCAAGGUGGAUACCGCUUUGCGCAAUCACCAGAAAGGGAGGGCAAACGCCGAGCCGAUCACGCGAUGGAGUUUGACGGUGAAGGAUUUCGCUGGCUGGUUUCUCAACGGCGCCCUCAAGUUCAUGAUUGGCACCCUCCAUUUGCACGGGGUUUCGUGGAUCGGGAAGUCCAGGGUCGGCAAGGGCAGCGGCUCUAAGACUUUGGCCUGGACGCACUCGGCGUGCAGCAUCCAGAAGAAGGGGUCCGCCGACGACGUCGCCUUUCUCAUUGCCAAGCAGAUGGAUUUCUUCAAGGGAGAGCCGACGACGGACGUCCUUCCUGGGAUUUUCGACGACGGUUUCCUGCAGAAGGUAACGGCUGGCGUUCUCAAGGCUUUCCUCAAACCCAUAGAGGAGGAUGCUCUGCUGUGGGCUCGGUGGGGCGUCUGCGGUUUCGAGCGAGGGUCGUGUAGGCAAGCCGCUGCAAACCCUUCCGACCGCGACGCGGAGGGGGCGGCGUCGGAUGCCGCGACGCGCAACAAGUACGACGUGGACCGCUUCAAGGAGAUCGUCGCCCCGUCUCUCCAGGAGGUGAAGACCGAGGAGGACUUCAAUGCCAUCCUCGCCAGGUCGCACUUCGUCGUGGUCACGGACCUCGGAGGGCACUGGCGCGUGGCGUCCGCAGAUCUGGAGGGCGGCGCCGAGUCCAUGCCGUGGCCCAACCCCAGAGCCCCCGACCUCUUCGCCAGCGAGGUGCGGGACACGUCGUCGCCCGCUGUCCGCCCGCUCCCUUCAGACUAUGCCGACAAGAUGGAAUGGUCUAUCGGCUACAUGAGCAGUCUGGUGGAGGGCCGUGACGUGCCCGCGGUUGCGACGGUCCACGUUGCCCCGAUGUUUGGUGAUGACCCUGGACGCGCGGUCUCCCUUGUCGGUCGGCAGCAUUUCGGGGUUCGUCAGGCCAGGCGCGGUGGCAAGCGCAUCGUCCGCCCCCGCGGCCGCUUCGGCGUCUCGUUCCGAUGGCGCGGCAGACGCACCAGCCGCGGCCGCUUCGGCGUCUCGCCCCGACGACGCGGCAGACGCACCAUGUGA